AGUUUGCAAUCAACAACUAAAGAACCUUCAACUAGAACACAUUUAAAUCUCUUUAAAUUUAAAAAAAUAUAUAAAAUGAAUUUCCAUAAAGUUUUCAUCUUUGUUGCCUUGAUCUUGGCUGUUUUUGCUGGUCAAAGUCAGGCGGGUUGGUUGAAGAAAAUUGGAAAGAAAAUUGAACGUGUUGGUCAACAUACCCGUGAUGCUUCCAUACAGGCUAUUGGUAUUGCCCAGCAGGCUGCUAAUGUUGCUGCCACCGCCAGAGGUUAAAGCAGAAAAAUUUUGCAUUAUAAUUUAAUAUUAGUAUUAUUUUGUGUCAUAUUUUGUUUAAGAAAUUUAGAUUAUUUAAAUUUAAUAUUUAUAAGUUAAAUGAAAAGAAAAUAAAUUAAUUUGAAUUAGA